CAGCAACCUGUUAGACCAUUGCAGCAACGACGAAAAGUAAAACCUUUUGAUUUUGCCAAACAUCGAGCAAGGCAUAUUGCACUCAAGAUCAGUUACAUAGGCGAUAAAUAUUAUGGAUUUGCCAGUGCUUCCAACGACUCUGUUCCCACAGUCGAGUCGUACAUAUUCAAGGCAUUGGAGGUUGCAAGACUGAUACCGAGUGAUGGAGGUGCAUGUGCAUGGUCAAGAUGUGGUCGAACUGACAAAGGUGUGAGUGCGUUUGAUCAAGUCGUGAGUGUAUGGGUGCGAACUGCUCGGCCUGGGGAUAGAGAUACACUGGAUUGGGACCAAUUGCCCUACCUUAAUAUACUCAACCGACUCCUACCAGACGAUAUCAGAGUAUUGGCAUGGUCACCCGUCGACCCAAUCUUUGAUGCUAGAUUCACAUGCAGCCAUCGCAAAUACAAUUAUUUUUUUGAUGGUGCUGGUCUCGAUUUGAUUGCUAUGCGUGAUGCUGCUAGUCGGUUUGUUGGCACGCAUGAUUGUAGGCAUAUUUGUAAGAUUGAUCCAACAAAGGCUGCUAGGGAAGGAUUUUUUGUUCGCACAAUUAUGGAGUGUGAUAUUGUUCCUGUCCCGGUGGAUGGUGCUCCGGAUCGAUUCCAUGUGCUAGUUGUUAAAGGAAGAGCGUUUUUAUGGCAUCAAGUACGCAAUAUGAUGGCAUUGCUGUUUUUGAUUGGUCGAGGAAUGGAGAUGCCAGAUAUGAUUUCCGACAUGUUGGAUCUAACAAAACAUGCACCUGCUGCUGGUCGUCCGUUUUAUGAAAUGGCUCCAGAUGGCCCGCUUGUAUUGGUUGAAUGCGCAUACCCGCCGUGUUUGGUAGAUUGGCGG